UACCGAAACGGGCAGCAUAAAAUAACUUUUAUUUUUCAUAUGAAAAUUCCAUGAACUGUUAAAUUUUUAAAUUCGCAUAUCUCGAGAAAUGGCUGUAUAAAUAUUUGCUUUCCUCCCCAGAUUAUCGUAAUAAAUGUUAAUAUUCCAAGUUUGCAGCAGGGCACGUGGGACCUGCCAUCGCUGUCAUCCUUCAAACACGAAGCUGCCAUCGGUGUUUCCUGCAGGCGUUUGGUGCUUGAAUAGGUUAGAACGCUUCAACAAAAUGGAUUUUUUUGUAAUCGAUCCGAUCGGAGACACUGCAGCAAAUGAAGGUUCAUCUUUUGCACCCGUUCCCCGGUUACCUGGUGCAUUGAUUAACACAUUCGAUGGUACAGUACAUUGUGAGGAAGCAAAAUGUACGACAGCAUCGACAGAUAGUGACGACGAAGAUUAUGCAGGUCUUCCUCCCCCUGGUCAGAGUAUUUCAAAAAUACUAAAUAAAGAUGAUAUCGUUGAAAUGGAUCGUGUGUCAUGGAAGCGACAGUUUGCGGACAACGAAACGGCUUCAGUAACAUCUGCCAAAAGUACCUUUUUGAUGACAAAGAAAAAGCAACGUCAAUAUGAUUUAUGUCGCACGGACGUCGCAGCAGAGCUAAAAAAUGCCGUUUUAACACCAAGCAUCGAGAAAAAAGAAGAUAUUGCCCACUUAGCCAUGUCCGACAAUGCUCUUAAAAAGCUGAACAGGCUGCAGCGUAAAAAAACAAAAGGCAAAAAUUGGUUUGGUUUGGCUGCUCCUGAGAUUACCCCGGAACUACAGAACGAACUAACGCUGAUGAAGAUGCGCUCCAUAUUAGAUCCAAAACAAUCCUUCAAGCGUGUUGAUAAACGAAAAACGCCCAAAUACUUCGAAAUCGGCAAGAUUAUUGAUUCCCCGUUGGACCACUUCAAUGAACGAGGCACCAAGAAGCUGAAAUCAAAAUCCCUUGUCGACGAACUGUUAGCCGAUGCAGAGUUUCAAAAGAUCAACAAACGCAAAUACGCAGAAUCGCUUGAAAGGCAGAAGAAAAAGGCCUACAACAAGGCGAUAAUGAAGAUGAAGAAGGAAAAAAAGAAGAGCAAGAAAAAAUAAAGUAAACCGUAGUUACUGUUUAAUAGAUAAAAAA